AUGGCCGACAGCGCCGACGCGGGUGCUGAUGCCCAAAUCACCUUCAAGGUCAAGACCUCUGGCGAUGGUUCGCACACGAUAACAAUGGCCGAGUCUGCCAGCGUCCUUGACCUCAAGACUAAGCUUGCUGGCGAAGACUAUGAGAACAUUCCAGUACAGCGACAGCGUCUCAUCUACUCGGGCCGUGUCAUGAAGAACGACGAUACCCUGGCUACAUACAAGAUUAAGCCCAACAAUACUAUUCACAUGGUCAAGAGCGCCGCCAGCAACCCAGGCCAGCCAGCUGCGACUUCUGCCCCAGCGACGGCUCCCGCAGUACCAACCAACAUGGCGGCCGGCACAGCCAACAACCCGCUGGCUGGCCUUACCGGAGCCCGAUAUGCUGGCCACCAAGUCAACUUGCCUGGCAUGGAUAUGUUUGGUCCCGACGGUGGUAUGGGCCCUCCCCUCGACGAGGAGAACAUGCAGCGCAUGCUCUCUGACCCCAACGUUCAGCAGACCAUGAACGAAGCUCUCAACAACCCCGAUUUCGUCAACAUGAUGAUUGAGUCGAACCCCAUGCUUCGCAACAUGCCCAAUGCUAGAGAAAUCAUCACUUCGCCAUUCAUGAGACAGAUGAUGAGCAACCCGCAGCUCAUUAGUCAGGCCAUGCGUGCCCAGCGCGGAAUGGGAGGCGGUGGUGCUGCCUUUCCAGCUCCUGGAGCUACUGACACAACGCCUGGCAAUGCUGCCUCAAGCGAUGCCAACACUGGUGCCAACCCUGCUGCUGGUGCCAACGCUGCCGCGCCCAACCCUUUUAUGAACCCGUUCAUGUCGGGCAUGAUGGAUGGAAACGGUGCCCCCAACUUUGCGCAGAUGAUGCAGGCUCUCCAAGGUGCUGGCAACCCAUUUGCACCCCCAGCCGCGCGCGCCGCGACGACGCCUGGCGCUACGGGCGAGACGCCUGCCAACACCACAGGAGCUACUGGCGACUCGACAACAACGUCUAAUGCACAGACUGGCGCUGGCGCUGGCAGUGCUGCUGCCAACCCUUUUGCAGCACUGUUCCCUCAAGGUCAAGGCGGUGCUACUGGCCAGGCCAAUCCAUUUGGCGUAACACCAGAGAUGAUGCAGCAGAUGAUGACCAUGUUUGGCGGUGGUGGCGCUGCUACCAACACUCCCCCCGACAACAGACCCCCUGAGGAGCGAUAUGCGGACCAGCUGCGCCAGCUCAACGAUAUGGGAUUCUUUGACUUUGACCGCAACGUCGCUGCGUUGCGCCGAAGCGGAGGAAGCGUACAAGGUGCUAUUGAGUACCUACUCAGCGCAACGGACUAA